AUGCAAGAGGUGGUCAAGAAGGAGGUUGUCAAGCUCUUAGAUGUUAGGAUCAUAUAUUCGAUUUCCGAUAGUCCAUGGGUUAGUCCAAUUCAAGUGGUGUCAAAGGAAGGAGGGAUGAUGGUGGUGAUGAAUAAGAAGAACGAACUCAUACCUACACGAACAGUAACUGGUUGGCGGGUGUGCAUCGAUUAUCGAAAGCUAAACGAUGCCACUUGCAAAGACCACUUCCCCCGUCCUUUUAUUGAUCAAAUGUUUGAGCAAUUAUCUGGCCAUUGCUAUUAUUUUUUCUUAAAUGGAUUUUCAGGUUAUUUACAGAUACCUAUUGACCCAAUUGAUCAAGAGAAGACGACGUUCACUUGUCUUAGUGGAAUAUUUCCUUAUCGACGCAUUCAUUUUGGGUUAUGCAAUCUGCCGACGACCUUUCAACGAUGCAUGAUGGCGAUAUUCCACAACAUGGUGGAAAAAUUUAUGGAAGUAUUUAUGGAUGGAUUUUCUGUUUUUGGCUCUUCUUUUAAUAAUUGUCUUACUAACCUUGAUUUCAUGCUUGCUAGCUGUGAAAAGACCAAUUUAGUCUUGAACUGGGAAAAGUAUCAUUUUCUGGUGAAAGAAGGCAUUGUUUUAGGCCAUAAAGUAUCCAAAGCGGGGAUCGAGGUGGAUCGGGCAAAAAUUGAUACUAUUUCUAAAUUACCCCCACCAACCAAUGUGAAGGGCGUUAGGAAAUGUUUAGCUACUUUUGAAAUUUUGAAAGAACAAUUAACUAAUGCUCCGAUCAUUAUCGCCCUGAAUUGGAACUUACCCUUUGAAAUAAUAUGUGAUGCGAGCGAUUUUGCCUUAGGAGUUGUACUUGGUCAAAGGGUUGAAAAGCACUUUCAACCCAUUUACUAUGCAAGCAAAAUCUUAAAUUUGGCUAAAGAGAAUUACACCACAAAAGAAAAGGAAUUAUUAGCCGUGGUCUAUGCCUUUGACAAAUUUCGUCCUUACCUUAUUUUGUCGAAAACUACUGUUUUUACUGACCAUUCUGCAAAAUUUGACAUCGAGAUCAAGGACAAGAAAGGGAUGGAGAAUGUAGCUGCCGACCAUCUAUCUAGAUUGGAAAAUCCAGAAAGGGACGAGAUGGACAACAAAGCAAAGGUGUUACUAAGAUAUGGUGUACGCCAUAGAUUUUCAACACCUUACCAUCCAAAAACAAAUGGGCAAACCGAGAUCACAAAUAGGGCACUCAAAAGAAUCUUGGAAAGAUCGGUGGGUGGCAAUAGGAAAGAUUGGGUGGAUAAAUUAGAUGAUGCACUUUGGGAAUUCCGGACUACAUUCAAGACACCCAUUGGAACCACACCCUACAGAUUAGUCUAUGGUAAAAACUGUCAUUUACUGGUGGAGCUUGAGCAUAAGGCUUAUUGGGCUUUGAAAACAUGCAGUUUCGAACCAAGUGAGUUGCGUGCCAAUCGACUUUUGCAAAUGAAUGCCUUAGAGGAGUUAAGAAACGAGUCUUACACUAACUCGUUGAUCUAUAAGGACAAAACAAAAAGGUGGCAUGAUGCAAGGUUAAAAGGUAAUAAGGAAUUUGAAGCUAACCAGAAAGUUCUUUUGUACAGUUCAAGACUAAAGCUCUUUCCGGGUAAAUUGUGCACUCGUUGGUCCGGGCCGUUUACGAUUAAGCAUAAAAUGAAUAGAGACAUAGGACAAAAUGCUCCAAGAAACCAAGGGGACUUCCCUUGGUUUAAUUUUCCUCAGAUUGGAUCUAAAUCUACAUUGGUUAGAUGGAGGAAGAAAUUGGAAACACUCAAGAAAAAGGACUUUUACUUACCGAACGAGUCGAAUUGGACAUGGUUGGAGCAGGUGGGUUUGGUGGAGGCCAUGGACCCGUAUUUGACACAAGUUUUCAUAAACUAUGAGGUACAAAUUACUUGUGACGUGUGGAGGAGGCUAUUUCAGAUGCAAGAACUGGUCUACCAGGAGCUGUGUUUGGAAUUUUUUUCCACAGUUACGUUCCGAGGUGGAGACAAUUACUAUGACACGAACGUGUUGACUUUUUGUCUUGGUGGUGAGUUUCGGGAAUGUAGCAUGACCGAGCUAGGAUGGAGAAUGGGCUUAUAUGACCAAUCAGGUGAGGGAUUGAAUGCAUGA